GGCUAAGAUUAGUAGUAUGCCUAGAAGAGUCAUUAUAUAUUCAUAAUAUAAGGGAUAUGAAAGUAUUGCAUACAAUACGAGAUACUCCCCGAAAUCUAGCAGGUCUAUGUACACUAUCAAUAAAUAGUGAUAAUUCUUAUUUAGCCUAUCCUGGCUCAAACACAAUUGGAGAAGUUCAAAUAUUCGACACAAUUAAUCUUCAAGCUAAAAAUAUGAUACCUGCUCAUGACAGUCCAUUAGCAGCACUUGCAUUUUGCCCUAGUGGUAACAAAGUAGCUACUGCGUCCGAGAGGGGGACGGUCAUAAGAGUGUUUCAAGUUCAUGACGGUACAAAACUAUUUGAGUUUCGUCGUGGAGUUAAAAGAUGCGUCUCUAUAAGCAGUCUUGCUUUUAGUAUGGAUUCUAUGUUUCUUUGUUGCUCAAGUAAUACAGAAACAGUGCAUAUUUUCAAGUUGGAAGAACCAAAGGAAACUUUGAGACAAACGACAGAAGAGUCACAAACUUGGAUGGGAUAUUUAUCAAAGGCUGUAUCAGCAUCAGCUAAUUAUUUACCUUCACAGGUUACAGAUGUUUUUAACCAAGGACGUGCCUUUGCAAGUGUCCAUUUGCCAUUUCAAGGGUUGAAGAAUGUAUGUGCCAUCACGGAAGUACACGAAGUACUUAGGUUGUUGGUGGCUAGUGAAGAUGGAUACUUGUAUGUCUAUAAUUUGGAUGCGGCGGAAGGUGGAGAUUGUACGCUUCUAAAACAGCAUAGAUUAGAUGGCAAGCGAGAUGAGGUAGAUUGUGCUAGUGUAUCUACAACAGGAUCAGGAUCGGGUGAAACUCCUGCAGCAACUACUGCACGAAUAGUACAAAACGCAGCCUGCAUAAAUAGCUACGCGAGUGUGGUACGCGGACGUUCGCCAGACUCCAUGUCAGAUUCAGAAAAGUAUCACGAGAUGAUAGCAGCGACUGAGAGUCCGCCAGGAUAUUCCGGGUCGUUUCGAUUGAAAGAUGAUGCAGAAUUUCCACCUGUUACACAAAGGACGGAUUCAUUGUACUAAUUCCAGCAUAUCAAACAAAUUUCUAACGAAGAUGAAUCACUUACGUCGACGAUCGAAAUUAAGCAUAUGUGUGUAAACACCAGUGUUACAUACUCGUGGCUAAGGUUGUAAUUUUAACACCUUGGAGACGAAGCGCUCGGAAUGGAACACUUUCGAUCAAUCUUGUAGAUUCAAAACGACAUUGAAUUUGAUGCGAGGUAUGACGAAUUAUAUCGACGAAUUAAGGACAAGUCAUCGAUCGAGUUUCGGCUGCUAUCGCAUAAAUUGUCUAUCUUUGACUUGAGGUACGGUUCGAGUUGCUACAGCUGUCUCUAAGGUGGUAAAACGUACUACGUACAUAUUGUUUAGCAUGACAUGACUGUUGUAUGAUGUGAGAGAACAAGUUAUGGAGCGUAUAUCAGUUAUGUAACUAAUUCCGAAAUUAUCGUAUAAUAAGAUACAAUUUUUAUGUGGUAUUGGGAAUGGAUAUUCCACAAAGAUUAUUUUAACUCCCUUCAUCAGAUUGCAAUAUUUGCAAGAUCAUCUUAUAUCGCAAACAUUAUAUCAUCGUUCAUCGAUAUAAAUGCAAUUAAUCAAAGCUGCUGUAAAGUGCUUUAAACAAAAAAUUUUAAAACCUAGAUUCUGCUUAAAAGUAUUUCACGUAAAUGCUUAAUAUAAAACGAUAUUAUAGACAGUUAAGUAUUUUUACCAUGCAUAAAUACAUAAAUGAUUAUCACGAGAAACGAUGCAUGCGUUUAUAAAUCAUGGAAGAUAAGAUGUUUAUAGAAAAAGGAACAGGAACAGGGAUAUUUUUACCAAAUAUCUUGUAUAGGUUUUUUCGUUACAUUAAGAUUUGCAAUUGUAAUUCCAAUAUUGUGUAUAUCCGGUGUACUUGUUUCUCUUACAAAAUGACAUCAAUAGUCACGAUUGAAGAAAAAAAAAUGAAAUGUGAUGUUUACAGAAAAUAUAAGCAAUUCUGGAAAUAAUUUAACAUUGUUAACUAUUCUGAGAGGUACAUUCUUGUUGACAUUUUCUUUUUUUAAGAAUUCAAAUACUCGAAACAUUCAGAAAACUAUAUAUGCGUUGUCAUAUUUUCUCUAUAAAAAUGUGUUCUUCAACUUGAUCAUCACAAUGGUCAUUUACAGUUUAAGCAUAUACAAAUAAUGAUAGUUCAUGUAUACAAAAUUUUAAUUGUAUUUAUGGUUUACAUAAGCUUAGAGAAAUUACUUGUUAAGCGUGUUAAGUAAAAUGCAGUAAGUUUACAUACUGUAUUAAGAGUUUCAUCAAUCUUAGUUUAUUACGGGCGCAUGUGGUAAAUUACAGUCUUCGGUAAAUCUUUAAUCUUUGAUAUGUUAAGGGAAAUCACAAUUGCCACUUUCAGGGCCAACAGAAGCGGGGCCAGUUAACAGCCACUUUCGAGCCACAAAAAUCAAUAUUUUAUCGCGUUCGUCAUUUCACUAUCAGCCAGAAGUAAAUUCCGAUGACAGUGAAAUGACGAAUGUGGUGUGCUUAUCGAUUAAAGAGGCUGGAAAGUGGCCCGUGCAUGUUGGCUCUUAGAAAAAAAAAUUAUCUUUUAAAGGAAGAAGUAAGUACUGUUGGAUUCCGGUUGAGGAAUAAGUAUAAUACGUUUUAAAAUCGAACAAAGAGAUUUUUUUUAAGAAGAGCGUUGCAUAUAGCAAGUAUAACCAUGACAAAGGAACAGAAUUUGCUUGUGAAAGAAUGAAUUUGGAAUUUAUGGGCUUGGCUAUGUAGGUAUAGACGUAUGUAGUAAGUAUGAAAGUAAUUUGGCUAUGUGCUAAUGAGCUGGCAUUUACAAAGGAUAAGUAGCAAUAACGUGUCGAUCGAAGCUGGUAUCCAACAGUACAUAAAAAAAAAGAAAAACAUAAACAUGAAGAACCAAUUCGUGUGAACACAUGAAAUAAGGAAAAUUAAAAGAAUUCUUAAUAAUAACAGAGCAUAAAUGCAAUAACUACGUUGAUUCGUAAAAUAAAAAGUCCUACAAAAAAAAGAUCACAUAUCUAUUUUCAUUAGUAUUAGUAUUAUUCGUGGUGUAUUUAAAAAGAUGUAUAAUUUUGUAAUUAUUUCCUAUGCACAAUGUUCGUUUUUGUAUAUUUUCUGCUGUUGAUAAUGGGCUAAGUUCUAGAAAACUUGUUUCCUGUAAAAAAGAAAUGUUUACUAUUAAGAAACUUACCAGUACUUUGUAUAACUAACCGAUUUGUUUAAUAUAACUUUUAAUCAGCCUUAUACGGCACAAAAUGAUCUAGUUAAAGAUUACCUGAGACCAACGCACAUAUUUCGCAGCGGCCACGGAUUGUCUCUCUGAUACUUUCAACAAUAGAACAAAACAUGUGGUAUUAUCGCGCUAAUGUCAAGAUACAUACAGCUUUAUUGUAAACAUUCAACCAACCAAUGUAAAACAUUCAUAGCUAUCACGAACGUUUUAUCACGACUAAUAUAAUAUUGUUUAAUUCUUUUUUAUCAGUCGUCCCGACUGGUUUGGUAGCUCUAGUAUUAAAACUAACGUUCUAAAAGCUGAGUUUAUUGGCAGUUAUCAACCAAAUCAAAAUAUCAUUUCUAACGACAAAACGUUUAGUAAUAAUAUCAUAGAGCACAAGUUAAAUCGGAUAAUAACGUAUGAUUUUCUUUCUUUUUUUUUUACUGAUUUUAGAAUGUAACAAAUCUGAGAAUGUGUCGAGGUGAUAACAUUCCAUGAAUGUAGAACAUACAUAUGUAGAAAUGUCCAUAUGUAUUUUCCGUAUUGUUAGCGCUUGCAACGAGGUUUCAGGUCAAACCGAUAACCUUGCGAUCCAAUUUUCUUUUCUAUACGUAUGUAUGUAGCCUGUGUAUUAUCAGUUAUUUUGGUAUGCAUGAUAGGUGCCAAUCAACUUCAAAAUGUAUCACACAUUUUUAUACAUGUAUAGUCUGUACAAUCGGAUACAUUGUGUAUAAAGUUUUAUUAAUUGAAUAGAUUCCAUAUUCUAUUUUCA